AUGGAGAGAAUCGACGUCCACGCUCAUUGUGUCCCACCUGUCUAUCGAGAGUGUUGCUUGAAGAAUGAUUUUGCGGGAAGAGGACACCCGGAUGGGAUGCCAGCAAUCCCUGAAUGGGAUCCCGAGACGCACAUUGCAAUGAUGAAAGAUCUAGGCAUCACAACAUCGAUUCUUAGCAUGUCAUCCCCGGGCACACAUAUCUUUCCUGGCGACGACCAGCAGGCUCGGACUCUGACAAGAGAGGUCAACGAAUACAUGUCAGAGGUUUGCACCAAAUACAAGCAACAUUUCCAGUUCUUCGCCUCGCUUCCGCUCCCAGAUGUCGAAGGUUCCCUUGCUGAGAUUGAUUACGCUCUUGACCACCUGGGUGCAGUGGGAUUCCAGAUUUUGACAAACUCCCAUGGUAUUUACCCUGGAGAUCCAAGAUUCAGUCGGGUAUUUGACAAAUUGAGCGAACGAAACACAAUUGUGUUCUUUCAUCCCACCAGCUGCAAUCUUCAACGGGAAACAGGAGCGGUCGAGCAUGUCAACCCAAUUGCAGUCGUUCCUAGUCCGCUCAUGGAAUUCAUGUUUGACACCACUCGAGCGCUCACGAGUUUAUUUACAUCUGGAACGGUCACUCGGUGUCCUGGCAUUAAAUUUUUGAUAUGCCACUGCGGAGCAACAUUCCCACCCAUUGCAGCACGCAUCGCGGAAUUCUCCCAGUUCCUUGUCAAAGAUGGGGACCCAAUUACGAUCGAAUCUAUCAAAAAUCUACUCCAGACUCGUUUUUACAUUGACCUUGCUGGUAUACCAUUUCCAGAUCAGAUUCAUGGUCUCCUUCGACUUGUCGACUCCUCCAGGUUGGUCUACGGGAGUGACUAUCCUUUUACGCCAGCUCCCCUUGCAGAAUCUUUGGCAAAGAGAUUGGAUGAGGGUCUUGAGACCAAUUUUGGAUCCGAGACGAAAAAGCGGGUUCUACUGACGAAUGCUCAAAACUUGCUUGACAGUUGA